CAUGGUGAUUAAAGAAACUACGAGCUUCACAUGAAUCCAGAUACCCCCAACACAUAUUCUUCUGCGCAUAAUAGCCUGUUAGAUUCUGUGUUCAAAGAUGUGGGGUUUGCUCAGAAGAAAACUCAGGUUCCUCUAUUCGAGGAUAAGUUGGCUGCUAUGGAAGCGACCAAGGUCUAAAGUUGUGAUCAAAAGAUUCAGAAAGUUGAACUCCAAAUAUCACUCCAGACCACAGCAGUCUGCCUUCAGUAAAACUACAAAUCACUCAGAUUCUGUGCAUGUAAAGCCUAUUAGGAUUGCUACUUUCAAUGUUGCAAUGUUCUCCCUUGCGCCUGCUGUUUCAGAAGCUGAUGAAUUGGGGUCUUACAGUAACAACAAGAGUUCUCCUAUGAAAGUUGCUUACCCCAAAAGUAUACUGAAGCACUCUCCACUGCAUGCCUCUCUGAGUAAGGUUCAGGAUCUCUCUGACUCCAAGAUUCUCCCUCGAUCUAACUUGAAGGUUUCCAUUAAUCUUCCUGAAAAUGAGAUUUCAAAAGCCAACAGUAGGCUGCUGGCUUCCAUGGAUGAUAAUGAUGUCGAAGAGGGCACAUCAAGAAGGAGAAGCCACGUCCCAGCAAGGUCCCCAGUAUGCUUUUCUCCUAUUGUGAACUAUUACUGUGGAAGCAACGAGAGAUUUAGGAGCAGCAGAAGCAUCCUGGAAGUUCUGAGGGAGUUAGAUGCUGAUGUGUUGGCACUGCAAGAUGUGAAGGCUGAGGAAGAGAAGAGCAUGAAGCCUCUAUCAGAUUUGGCAGCUGCUUUGGGAAUGAAGUUUGUUUUUGCUGAGAGUUGGGCUCCUGAAUAUGGAAAUGCCAUUUUAUCAAAAUGGCCAAUCAAGAGAUGGAAAGUUCAGAAAAUUGCUGAUGAUGAUGAUUUCAGGAAUGUUUUGAAGGCCACAAUUGAUGUGCCUUGGGCAGGAGAAAUCAAUUUUCACUCAACUCAACUUGAUCAUCUGGAUGAGAAUUGGAGAAUGAAGCAAGUCAAUGCCAUAAUGAGCUACAAUGACCCUCCUCACAUCUUGGCAGGAGGUCUCAAUUCUCUGGAUGUUGCAGAUUACUCAGCAGAGAGAUGGACAGAUAUCGUCAAGUAUUAUGAGAAACUGGGAAAGCCUCGGCCAAAGACCGAAGUGAUGAACUACAUGAAAUCAAAAGACUAUGUCGAUGCAAAGGAUUAUGCUGGAGAAUGCGAGCCUAUAGUCAUCAUGACCAAAGGCCAAAAUGUACAGGGGACAUGCAAAUAUGGGACGCGAGUGGACUACAUUUUGAGCUCACCAGACUCGCCCUACGAAUUUGUUCCAGGCUCAUACUCAGUCAUUUCUUCUAAAGGCACUUCUGAUCACCAUAUAGUGAAGGUAGAUAUAGUGAAAGUAAAUUGUGCAGAAGCUGCACAGAAAAAUGUCAUUAGAAGAUGCAGAAAACUAAAACAGAGAGUCAAGAGGAUUGCUCCACCUUGUUCUGCAUCGAAUGUUUGGGAACUAACCCCACCUCCCAAAAGUUCUUGUUCCAUGGAAAAGAUUUGAUAUUUUAGAUUACAUUAACAUGAUGUAUUUGAUAUAUGCAACAGCUUAGGUUAAUUAGGUGAUCUUCCUCUUCACUGCAAUAUAUUUUAGAUUACAUUAA